AUGGAGCGCUCAAUCUACAACGACAAUGCUGCACUACUGCUUCCUCACUCGCACAAAGCCACACCGCUCCCCUCCCUCGUCCUGCACUCCUUCAAAUUGCUUAAGCCCAAUGACGAGAGGUAUCUACGCACCUUCCCUGCUGGCAGGAAACUGUGCGAAACGAAAGACGAGGACUGCCUUAUGCGCCUCUACUGCGGCAAACGCCGCAGCGCCUACGACCGCUUGAGGCAGAAGUGGUUCUUCAUGUUGCGCAAUUACGGGCUGUGCGUUGACCAGAUGGAGGACCUGGGCGUCGAUAUCGAUCGCGCGGUGCAAGUGUUGGCUCGGGCGCUGGUGAGUUGCUACUGGGUUGCGCGCACUGAUGCGGAGUGGGUGUUUGGGCUGCCGCGGGCUGAGCCUGUUAGUCAAGUGGAGAAGCAGGGAGAUGCAAGGAUUGGGAGGAACCAGGGGGUAUUCGAUACGCAUAGCCAGGAUAGGGAGGUAUUCAAUAUGAAGGGCGGGAACAGUGUGCUGUGUGAAGAUAUGGUGGUGUGGAGGCUGGAUUUCGACUGCGUCCAGCCAAUGACUACGGAUCACAAGGGUGUGCAACAGGCUGUCCAUACGUUCUAUCGCAAGACCCUUACUUUCCUCGUCCUUGGAUGA